AUGCCAGACACUGUCGGCGUGAUAAUCAUCGGUGCCGGAAUCAGCGGACUCGCCCUCGCCCGAAGUCUCUCCCAACAGAACAUUUCUUACAUGUUAUACGAAUCUGACGCUUCAUUGCACGCGCGUCCCCAGGGGUACCGAGUCCGGAUAUCAGAUGAGGGCAUACAGGCCCUAGAGCAGAGUCUCUCAGAGGCACAUUUCGCCAAACUGAACGCCUCUUGUAGCCUUGGUGCAGGACCUUCGAAUAUCCCCCAGGCCAUACUAGAUGCAAAAAGUGGCGGCGUGAGUGGUGGCGGCCCUCUGUUUCGGCCAGGGACAAGGGCGCCCAUUUCAGCAAGGCCGCAGCGUAAACCGCUAAGUGCCGAUCGCGGUGUGUUGAGAAAGACUCUCUUGGAGGGAAUCCAAGAUCGGGUUGUGUUUGGUCAGAAAUUUGAGCAUUAUGUUGAUGUAGAUGGGGGAGUGGUCGCUCAUUUUGAAGGCGGGCUUGAGGUGAAGGGGUCGGUUUUGGUGGGAGCGAAUGGGACUUGGUCGCGAGUGCGCCGGACUCUGAUGCCGUCUUUCACUAUCCUAGAUAGUAGUGUGGGUCUGCGGAACACUCCCCUGAACGCGUUCGUUUGCUACAUCUCUUUCUUCCUGUCUAUUUCUUUUCACCUCUCGCCACUGUUUUUCGCCUUUAUCAACCUACCCUAUCGGCAAGAGGAAAAACACCAACUGCGCUACCGCCACCUCUACCUUGACAUCAUGGCGUACGCGAUCAUGAUAUACGUGGAUGGGGGAUGCCGAAGAAACGGUUCUAGCAAUGCCAUCGGCGCUGCUGCAGCAGUCCGAAAACUGCGCUGGAGAGGCAAGCACGAACAUAUCGAACAACGGCUCAGCGGCUACAGUGACGCCACUAACCAGCGCGCCGAAAUCACUGCAAUCAUUCUAGGUCUGAAGAUGGCACUGGGUUGCUACGAUGACCUCUACUGCCCGAAGCCAAGGCUUCAUGUCACCAUCCAUUCCGAUUCCAAGUACGCUGUCAACUGCAUGAAUACUUGGAUCUAUAAAUGGGCCAAUAAUGGAUGGAUCAAUUCUCGUGGAAACGACGUGGCAAACCAGGAUUUGAUUCGGGAGGCUUCGAGCCUGGAUGACGACGUGAGACUACUCGGCCGUGUCAAUUAUGUCUGGAUUCCGCGAUCUGAGAACGAGCUGGCCGAUGGAUACUGCAAUCUAGAAAUGGAUAGAAUGGAGAAUGAGCGGGUUUACAACUACGAUUCUGACAGUUCUGACGAUUAUUAG